GUCCUUCCACUACAGCUGCAUUCGCCAUCUUGGAAAUGGGAAAGAUGAGGUAGCUCCCGUAAAAGAUUCGUCCAAAUCUUCAAUUUCUCAGGAAUUACCGAAGAAUGGGUCGUUCAAGGAGUCGCAGUCGGUCGUCUACAAGACACAGACACAAAAGCAAGCACAAAAAACACAGAUCGAGGUCCCGAUCGCGAGAUAGAGCGGCGAGACGGAGUAGGCAUCGAUCGAGGUCGAGAGACCGAGACAGACGAUCAAGAAAACGCUCUUACUCCUCAAGCAGUUCUGACAGUGAUCUUGAUGUUCUUGCGCCAACCAAAGUAUUGGAAGAAAAGAAAAAAGAAGAUGAAGAAAAACAAGCAGAGAUGGAAAGGUUACGGUUGGAGCGUCAGAAAGCUUUAGAAGAAAAACUCAUAGAGGAAGAAGUAGCAAAACGAGUGGAAGAAUUGGUAGCUAAACGAGUAGCUGAAGAGCUAGAGAAACGCAAAGAUGAGAUUGAAGCCGAGGUGCUACGAAGAGUAGAAGAGGCAAAGCGCAUCAUGGAGAAACAGAUGUUAGAAGAAAUGGAGAAACAGAGGGCCGCGGAAGUGGAGGCACAAAAGCGUAAAGAGGAGGAGGAACGCCGCAAACGGGAAGAGCUGGAAAAUAUUAUGAAAGAGAAUAAUAGAAAAGUUGAAGAAGCACAAAGAAAACUGGCUGAAGAGCAACUGAAACUUGUUGAAGAACAGCGCAAAAUGUUAGAAGAACGUCAGCGUUUAGAAGACGAACAGAAACAGAAAGUUAAGAAGGAACAGGAGGUUAUACUAAACAAAAAGAACGCCAGACCUCGACUCUCAUUCUCGCUUGGUGGAAAAUGAUGAAACGGGACAAUCCUGAGUUGCCAGGAAAAAA